AUGCCUCUUAAGGGAGCCCAAGAUACCUCUGCGAUACCCGAGGCACAAGGGCUCAAGUAUGACGAAUCCGAGAUGGCCCUCUUCCACGCCAAGCUGUCAUACCACUCCACUAUUGACGAGCGCAUUGCCUCCCAGGACACCAAUCUCGCGUCGAUUUCGGAAGCCCAGGCCAAAAUCAUCAAGCGAUGGGAGAUGCUCAAACAACUUGAGAAGGAGCUAGCAGAGAAAGGCAAGAGCCUCUCGCCGACCGAUAAAAGGCAGUUAGCACAGUACGAGUGGAGGUAUAAGCAUUUGGAGAAAACCGCAACCAAGACCACGAGUGGAUAG